ACGGGAGCUCUCUAACUUUGCACGCGUUCAUGCGCAGCUCUGAGACUCACUGAGAUGGACGAAGAACUCAAUUUUAAGCUAGCAGCAAGUGCAACGUGUUUGUCUUCAUCGUCUUCGUCCGCUACACGGCGACGAACUGCUGAACGAAAAUCGCGAUCUGGGAAAAAACCUUACGACAGAAAAAUAUCACUCAAACGAGGGUACCAUGUUUGCAGGAAGAUAAGCGGGACACGCUUAUAUCAUCACGGUAUCUGUGUGAGUAAAACUCAAAUUAUUAGUUUUUAUAACGACUCGAAAGUACAGAGAGAAUCUGUUGAAGAGUUCUUACAAGGAGAACAGAUUAAAAUCGUUGAUGAGACAAAAUCAAGCAAAAGCGAGGAACAACGAGAGAUCACUGCAAGACGAGCAGAGCAGUACAAAUCCAAUCAGAAUUUCGGAACAUUUAACUUGGGGUUUAACAACUGCGAGUGUUUUGCUUACAAAUGUGUUGAUGGACAAGCUCAAUCUAAGCAAACAAACAUGGUAUUGAGGUCGGCUGUAGCUGGUGCUGUAUCCGGGUAUGCAGAGACAAGAAGUUUUUGUGGGCUUGUUAUAGGUGCUAUAUACGGAGUAAUGAAACAGUUAACUGAUUGAUUAAUGUCUCUGACACUUGGACACCUAGGUGCGCUACUACUAUGUAUACAGGCAGAACGCUUAUAAGGUAGAUUGCCUAAGCGUCUUUCUACCAGCAAAGGUGUGGCAAUAUGCAGUGUGUGCUAAAGGAUUUUACAUUUGUGAUUAUUACUUCUGGCAUUCAACGCAGCUGAACAAUUUUGAUAAACUGGUUUGU